AUGGAUAUCCAGGCCUGUGUUCAGCUGGUGAAUGAGUACCGCCCCGACGAGGAGGUCCCCCCGGUGCUUCACGAGGCCGUCACGCGCCUCACCGCCGCCCUCGCCGACCCCACGCCACUCGCCGACGGACUUCGGCCGCUUGUGAAGGCCCUCGCCACCGCCGCCCCGCAUCUCCCAGAGAGAUGGAACGAUAUUUUACACGCACUGCGUGGAGUGCUGGAGAGCCACAAGGUCCCUUGGCUACACCGCGCAUUCGUCUUGAAAACACUACCAGCCAUGCUUGUCGAUGUGCCGACAGCGCAGCAGAAGGAAUAUGGUGAGGCACUCUGUGAACUCCUGGUACAUUGGUCAGUGGUGUCACCAUCGUCCACAUCCAACACAGAGUCAUGCGGUGUAGAAGACGCACAGGAUGAAUCAACAGAGCGUCCUAAUCCACAGGAAAGACGUGUGGCACUCACUGCACUUCUCACUCUUCCACAGGAAUAUGCCGCCUCCAUCGUGCAGCAGUUAAUAGCCAAACUUCCACAAUCAGUAACAACAUGUACAGCUCUUUUAUCAAAUCCAUCUGCAAAUGAAGAGUUGAAAAAAGAAUUUGAGGAUUGGCUUUGUAGCCAAUCCGCUUCAUCACAGGCCUCUUGUGCAGCAGAAGUUGAAAAAAAACUUAAGGAAUACUUUCCAGGUUAUGGUGCGGCAAAGUGUAAACAUUGUUGUGAUUCACUAAUUUCACGGGAACGAUUGAAAAGUAUGGAUGACCUUAACGCCUUCCAGGCAGAUCUUCGGGCAUUGGAAGAUGUGGAUGCGGCGCAUCGUAGCAUCAUCAAAACUCGACUCUCUUUAGCUUUUCUUUUGAUGAGGGCCACCGAAGUAGUUAACCUCGUUUAUUCACAUCAAGGGGAGCAACAACAACAUUCUCAUUUAACAAUAAACUUAGAAGAAUCAGUUCUGCCAUUAUCUGUACUUCGUUCUAUUGUUCAACUCACCGAUUUCGCAUCUGUAACACCUGACAGUGUGAAUACUCCUGAAAUAAGGAGUUUAGCGGCUUCUUUAUUAAUUAUUGACUCUGCAGAUGCUGCAUUGGAUGCUCCUCUACCUCUUGUGGAAUGUGUGUUCCAUAUUCUUUUGCGCUCUUUACCUUGUGUACCUGCAUCAGAUGAGGGAAUGCGAUCUCUACUACAGGAUAUUAUCCGUGUUUCGGAGAUACUUCUCCCUGUUAUGGAUAAUGCGGUACUAAAGAUCCAGUCAGCCAUUCCUCUUCUUCAUGAGCAGCGGCAACAGAAGUCUAACGGUAAAACAAACACUGAAGUAGUAGCUGAAGAAGAUCAGGAACAGUUUAAACAAUCUUUGGAGGCACGACGGCAGUCGGCCCUUUCGGCGUUGCGGGUAGCACAAACAAUGGCUCAUCUGUGUUCAAUUUGCAAAAAGAAAUGUCUUAUUCAAACAGAGCAACAACGUCAAGAAGAGGUGGAAAAUGAAAAAGAAAAAGAAGAAAAAGAAAGGCUUCAUUUGAAAAUGAUUGCAGAAGGACUGGCUUCAGGAGCCCGUGGCGUUGCUCUAUCAUGGACGAAAGAGAGGGAACGAAUGCUUCGUCUUGAUGUAACUUCAAGACCUCAGGUACGCCAAUUAGUAACAAGUACGACAGGAAACAGAAGGGAGAUGUACCAACAUCAACAUCAACAUCAACGCCCACAUUAUCCUCGUCAAGGUGAUAAGAAUGUUAAUCAUCGUCCUCCCAAACGACGUCGUCGUGACGUAAAUCUAAUGUAG